AUGGCGCUGGCCUUGGGUCAGCCCUGUCGGCUCCCAGGAUGGGCCACCGCUCCCACCGCACCACUCCGACCAUCCGCACAGCGCGCCCCUCUCAGCCGCCCGGCUCCCUGCGGCGUGGCCUUGGGCGCGCUGGCGGCCGCGGUCCACGCGCGCGCGGGGCGCGGUGCUCGCAGCGUGAGAAAGGCAGAACCUGAUCAGCCGGCGCCCAGCAGGGAACCAGAGAUUGAUCCCAGGCGGCAGGAUCCACCAGGCACCACGCCUCCAGUGCGUAUGCCCAUGGUGGACACGGGGAGUGGUGAGAAGAUCGAUGUCAUGUCCAAGCUCUUGGAGGAUCGGAUCAUCAUCCUCGGUGGCGAGGUGAAGGAUGAAAUGGCCCAAGUCCUUGUGGCGCAGAUGUUGUAUUUGGCCAAUUUAGAUCCCAACCAGGACAUCACCAUGUACAUCAACUCCCCUGGCGGGUCUGUCUCGGCCGGCAUGGCCAUCUAUGACACCAUGCAGUUCAUCCCUUGUGACUUGAGCUGA